AUGUUGCCUGGUUUCGGUUUUCCGAUUUUGAAUAUGAAUCCGGGCCUGGUAGCUGGUCAGCAGAUCUUGCUGAAUGCAAAUGCCUUGCAGAGAGUAAUGGUGUCGACACCAAACACUCUUGUAAGCGUCCCACUUCCUACUGGAGCUUCAGUCGGUAGUCGUCCAACACCCAUGCUAGUUCCACCUGGAAUGGCAGGUGAAGAAGGAAAUAAUGAAAGUCCGCAGACACAGUCAACCACUACUGAAUGUCCGUGGACAAAGCACGAAACAGCCGAAGGUCGUGUGUAUUAUUAUAAUAAAAUCACAAAAGAGUCUUCAUGGAACAAGCCUGACGAGUUGAAAGCACCACAAGAGCGUCAAGAACGUUCGACUGCUGCGACAUCUACUGCAAAUGUAAUAUGGAAAGAAUACAAAACACCAGAAGGUAGAGCCUAUUAUUACAACUCAGUGACAAAAGAAACGACUUGGACGAAACCCGAAGCUCUCAACACACCUGCGGCAGCUGUGGAAGAUGUAGUUAUUUUCUUUUUGUAUGUUGAUGUUCCACACUUUUCUUUUUCAGCAAGUACCGCAACCACUAAAGAAGUAAAAAAAGAGAAAACAUCGCCAAAGGAAGAAGUGAAAGAGGAGAGCGAAAUGGAGAAGGCAAUGAAAGCAACCCUAGCAUCGAUGACAGUACCAUUACCGGCUGAAACUAAAGUGGAAACAGCUGAACAGACAGUAGAAGUACAAGCAGAAGACAAUGAGCAGGACCUUAAAAAACGUCAAGCCGAACGUUUCCGAGACCUUCUCAGGGAUAAGUACAAUGAAGGUAAAAUAUCGUCGACCUGCAACUGGGAACACGCUGUCAAGCACAUCCAAAGUGAUCCACGUUUCCGCAUUCUUACUAAAGUCUCUGAGAAGAAACAACUGUUCAAUGCAUGGAAGGUACAGAGACAGAAGGAAGAAAGGGAUGAGAAACGAUUGGCAAUAAAAAAGGCAAAGGAGGAUCUCGAAAAAUGGCUGCAGGAUCAUCCUAAAAUGAAGCCCGGUUUGAAAUAUAUGCGAGCACGUGAGAUAUUCGGCAAGGAGGCGGUAUGGCAGGCUGUUCACGAGGACGACCGUCAAGACAUAUUUCGAGAAGCCUUGUCCUAUGUAACAAAAAGGGACGCGGAUUUGAAUCGUGAAACAAGAAAACGCAACAUUAAAGCACUGGCAGAAAUAUUGGAAAGCAUGGAUCAGAUAACUUACAAAACCACGUGGGCGCAAGCCCAGCGACUUCUUAUUGAAAACCCACAAUUUGCCGAUGACACCACACUGCAAAGUAUGGACAAAGAAGAUGCACUUAUCGUUUUCGAAGAGCAUAUUCGUCAAGCUGAAAAGGAGCAUGCUGAAAUAAAGGAGGCUGAGGAGCGCCGCGUUAAGAGGCAGGAGCGUAAAGUUCGAGAAGACUUCCAAAAGUUUUUACAGCAAUUACAUAAAAAAGGAGAAUUGACAUCAAUGUCUCUAUGGUCAUCUCUUUAUCCUGUAAUUUCAUCCGAUCCGCGCUUUGAUGCUAUGCUCACUCAAGAUGGUUCCACUCCGCUUGAUCUGUUCAAAUUCUAUGUAGAAGAGUUAAAAGAACAGUAUGGACAGGAUCGGCGAGUGAUCAAGGACAUUCUUAGUGACCAGAAGAAAGUUGUUCAGGUGGACACAACCUUCGAAGAAUUCUCCAAGUGGGUUACUUCGGCUGAAAAGGGUUUGGUUGUAGAUUACGGAAAUAUGAAACUCUGUUACAAUUCGUUAGUCGAAAAGGCAGAAUCUAAGGAACGUGAGGCCGAACGAGAAGAGGCGCGGAAAAAGCGACGCCAAGAAAGUGAAUUCCGUCACCUUUUACGAGCGCAACAACCUAUGGUGGACGCUAAUACAGAAUGGACCGCCGUUCGUGGUAAAAUUGAGAAGGAAAAGGCUUUUCUUGUGAUAGACUCUGAGGAGAUUCGCUUGAAAUAUUUUGAAGACUACAAACGUUCGCUGAGUGAAGCGUGCUCUCAUCACCACUCAGUGUCUAAAAAGAAAAAAAAGGACAAGAAGAAAAGAGGCAAAAGAAGUGAUAAGGAGUCUGACAGCGAAAGUGAGACGAGGGAGAAGAAAAGGCGGAAGAAGCGUAUGAAAGAAGAGAAGGAUAGUGACGAUGAAAAAGGUCUGUUAUUUUUCAACAGGUGUGAUUGUUUUGAAAUGAGCUCUGAACUUUUCUCAUUGACAUAUGGUGCGCUUGUAACAGAGAUGCUGCAAGAUUACGAGGAUCCAAAACAAGUUAAUAUCCGUCUUGACAAGAUCGGAUUCAACAUGGGAACCAGAUUAGCUGACGACUUUCUCGCCAAGAACGCCCACGUUCCAAAGUGCACAGACUGCCGACAGAUCGCCGACGUCUUAUCGAAGAAUGCCAUUCCUGCUUAUCUAGGUGUACCAGCUACGGUAUCGAAUUGGUCCAGCGGUGAUCGUGAAUUUUCUCUCAUCAUUGAAAACAAUCCGUUGACAGAGCUUGUGGAGGUGCCAUCAUCACUUUCAGCUCUCAACUAUUCCCAAGUUUUAGCUGGAGCAAUUCGUGGCGGUCUUGAAGCUCUGCAUUUCAAGGUCUACUCAAGUGUGAUCGAGAAUCCUACAAACACUGAGAUUAAGAUCAAAUUCGACCAUAUUCUGAGAGAUAACCUGCCCGCUGGAGAAGAGGACUAG